AUGGAGCCGAAUGAUAAGCUGAUGAUCGGCAAACGAGCAGACGGAUUACCUGAUGGUAAGCAAUCAGCGCCGCCCCUGGACACCCGCACCCUCAAGGAGGAGUUACGAGUGCGUUGCCGACCUUUUAGGGAUAAGAAAUUUGGAGAUUUAGGGAUUAAGGAGGGAUUGACGGUGGAGAAGCAUUGGGCCUCCGGUAACCUCACUCACACGGCGAAAAACAACGUUGUUUUUUGUUUUACACCGGUUUUCUGUGAGGCCGUGAAUACCUUGGCAAUCCUUGACAAAUUGGACAUUGAUAGUGAAAAACCUUCAGAAGAGGAGAUCGCAAGGCUCUUCGGCUAUGAAGAGGCAUACCUAUCAGGGGAGUUGGGCAUCUGGCAGAGAAUCAAACCUAAAGUGUGGGCAUUGUUUGACGAGCCAUCCAGUUCACCAGCUGCCAAGGUGAUAUCAGCAAUAUCCGUCUUCUUCAUCUGCAUAUCUGUCUUGUCGUUCUGCCUGAAGACGCACCCUGACCUCCGGGUCUUCAACCACGACAGCAUACUGAGAGAAAACGGGUCUGAAUCCCUGGAAAUGCUGUGGCAUGACAAUGGGAAGCCACAUGCAGCAUUCUUUUAUAUUGAACUAGUUUGCAAUGUUUGGUUCACAAUUGAACUCCUCGUGAGGUUUCUGAGUCAAAUUGGCCAGUACCAUAUUCUAAGCAUGGUAACGAGUGAAACAACUCUUACAUUGUGGUUAGCCGUAAAAGUGAGGUUGCAGGAGAUCCUGAUCCUCGCCGUUUUAAACCACAAACGAGCAAACGGAUUUCCUAAUGCUUCACCCGCGUGGUAUGUUGAUAAUAAGUCUUAUGUCCUAUUCCGGAAAGUAUCCUAUGCCUGUGCCAAAUUUCAUCAACAUCUAUCCCGCCGUUUUAGCGUGAUUUAG